CCCCCUUCCAGUAUACUCGCAUGUGACUUAUCCAUUCACAAAUAUGGAUGUGGGAAAAUUUGCAUAUAUGCAUUGGAAGUCGAGCCCCGAGAGGAACAACAACAACAAGUGCAACCAAAACAAAGAUGCUGCGCUCCUGACACUGAAACCCGCACAAGGCCAAUCGACGAAAUCAGGCCACGGACACGAAUUCCGGCACGGUGGCGAUGGCUAUGGCUAUGGCGAUGGCGAUGGCGAUGACGUAGAGGAUGCUUCCGGCAAACGGCCUACCAAAGCAAAAGGGGCAGCCAACCCGUAGCCAGGAACCACGACCACCCACACCACAAAAUCGUAUUUCUCCAGAAGGAGAGGUAA